GAUUCACUGAGCACGCGCGCAUGAUAAAGCGGUACUACUGAGUGAAAAUUAGCACAAACCUGAGGAUGUGUGAUGUGGAGUUAGUGAAGCGGAUGCUGCGCGCCGUGCUGCAGAGCAGUAAGAGCGGAGUGCUGCUGUCGCGGGUGCAGGCGGAUUACCGCGCUCUGACCGGGGACUUCAUCCCGUUCUCACAGCUCGGCUACAGGAGCCUGGAGAACUUCCUCAUUAGUGUUCCUGAUGUGGUGCACUUACAGCAUUCACACACCGGAGAGGUGAUGUGUGUUGCGGCUGUGUGUAAAGAAACGUCCAACAUCGCUCAGCUCGUGGCUCGGCAGAGGAACUCGAAGAAGAACUCGGGCCGCUCUCAGCUGCUGAAGUGUCACAUGAGGCCGAAGUCUUUCUCGCUGUUCACACAUGGUAAUCCUCGGUCAUCUCUGAGGCAGCCAAGUCACAUGACCACCUCUCACAAGCCCUUCAGCUUACAGAGCGUCCCACGACAGGUGAACAGCACCAGACCGGGCUCCACCUACCCGAGCAGGAAGCCCACAGGACCAGUGUAUCGACAGGAGGAGACCGCUCGUCCGUCCAGCAAGAACCAAAACACAGAGGGCGGCGUGGAGCUGUAUCAGAGCCGUGUGAAGCAGCUCCUGCAGAAGUACAGCAGCGGCGUGUGGCUCUCCAAACUGCCUCAGCUCUACAGCAGCAUGUUUCAUCAGGAGCUUCCAUCAUAUGUACACACACAGCUGGAGAGCUGGACACACAUCUGCACCGUGGAGAACACGGGCUGCGGUAACGUAGCAGGGCGUCUGGUUUACCCCGCUAAAGACCCUUUUCCAAAACCCCACACCCCUCUGAAAUCUUUUCAGAUUUCCAGCUCUGUCACAUACUCCCCGUCGUCCCCGACCCUUUCACCCCUCCGACUCACCCUCGAGUCUCCGCCGCGCUCCCUGCUCACUCCUCCAGCAACGCCUCCCACACCCACCCCUCUGUCUCAUGAAGUGAAGGAUAAAGUGCGCGAGCUGCUGAAUAAAUACACACAUGGCCUGUGGGCUCACGCUCUGCCCCGCCUCUUUCAAGAAGUCUUCAGGUGUGAUUUCCCACAGUCUCUGCUGGACGAUCUCUCUCCUCUGGCCGACACGUGUACCAUAGAAUACCCGAUGCCGCAAAAUCGCAACAAAGCUAUUCUAUACACCCUGCCCGCCCUGAGCGUGACCUCAAAGCCCCGCCCACAGCCCAAGUCACGCAUCAUCACCUACUACGGAAACCCAGAUCUGCCCCAGCUGCCCCUGCCCAAGGAGGAGUUCCCGUCUGUGCUGGUGAUGGAAGCCGACAGCACCAACGACGUCAUAUUCAGGUACGUGGGCGUGGAGUACUCACAGGCUCUGGAGAAGAUGGAGGAGGCCAUGUUGGAGUUUUACCAGAGCACAGGGGCGGGGCUUAGGCUAACCUCUCUGACAGUAGGUCAGUUGGUGGCGGUUGCCCUCGACGACGAGACCGUGCUGCGGGCCCAGGUGCACCAGAUCACAGAGAGUGACGUGAAGGUUUACUGUGUGGAUCACGGUUUCUCUGAGGUGGUAAACAGAGGGAAGUUACUGCAGCUGGUUGGUCAGUUCCUUGCACUGCCUUUCCAGGCCACCAGCUGCCAGCUCGCAGGUCUGGAGAUGUUCAGUGAGGACGCGGCGGUGCUGAGGACUUUGAAGUCUCUAACCCAGGGUAGAACGCUAUUGGCCGAGCUGGUAAAGAGAGAGACUCCGCCCAUCAUGGUGCUCUACGACACGUCAAAGGAGACGGACGUCAAUGUGAACGCCGAGUGUCUCGGCGCGCUGCAGGACACGGCCAUGCAGAACCCGCUGCAGGUGAACAGCUUGUACUCCAAUGUGUGUGUGACCAGUGUGGGUUCUGACGGCAGCGUGUUUUGUCAGCUUCCAUCCCGAGGACUGUCCAAGCUCCGGGACAUCAUGGACAAGAUCGAGUCCUACUUCCUGUCUCAGGCUACGUCGGAGCUGUUGGUGUCUGAGCCGUAUUGUGGAAAGGUGUGUUUGGCGCAACACAAAGAGAAAUGGGCUCGAGUGGAGAUCACUAACCUGCAUGGCAGUCGUGUUCUGGACGUAGAGUUUGUGGAUUUGGGUUUUCCUGCCUCUCUGGAGCUCAGUGAGCUGAGGGAGAUCCCAGCGGUGUUCAUCAGAGAGCUUCUCACCAUUCCCACACAGGCUGUAAAGUGCCGUUUAGCAGAAGUUGAACGUAAUGAAGACAUCUGGCCUCCUGACGUUGUCCUGUGGCUCAGAGAGACGCUGCUCAACGCUCCUGAGUGCACCAUGAAGAUAUCCCGUCUGGACUCGGCGGGUCAGGUGCAGGUGUACCUCUUCCUCGACUCCUCAGCUCGUGACCCGUCCUCCAGCGUUAACCGGCGACUCCCGUUGUCCUCCGUCACCACGGGUACCCGCUCCACCCCGCCCCCCUCCUCGUCUCUGGGUCCCGAUGUCGCCGUCGUGCCCAAAGCGCCGGAGCUGCCGGGGGAGGGGCACACGCUGGACGUGUUCGUGUCGGUGGCGUGUCACCCUGCCCACUUCGUGCUGCAGUCGUGGCAGGAGAUGUACAAGCUGGUGGUGCUGAUGGGGGAGAUGAUCCUCUACUACAACCAGCAGGAGGCCACGCCCAUCAACCCCGAGAAGAGCGGCAUCUACGCCGCCAAGAUCGACAGCAAUUGGCACCGUGUCCUGGUGAAGGGCGUCCUCUCCAACUCGCUCGUCUCUGUUUACGAGCUGGAUUACGGACGACACGAGCUCGUCCACGCCUCUCUGCUCCGCCCCCUCAUUAACGAAUUCAGGCAGCUGCCCUUUCAGGGAAUCUCUGCCCAGCUCGCAGGAGUCCGGCACGGCGUCUGGAGUGAGGAAGCCGCCAUCGUGUUUCGCAACCACGUGGAGCGCCGGCCGCUGGUCGCAGUGGUCCACUCCAUCCAGCAGGGGGUGCAGCCAUGGGAGACAAAGCUGUCCGUCUACCUUGUGGACACGUCUCAGGACCACAGUGAUGUCUGGAUCCAUGAAAUCAUGGGAGAGUUCACGGACCUCACCACCAAAACACAAGCAUAGUGCUCCCGGCAUCCUACACACACACACAUACAC